AUGUCGUCCAUCACGACGACAGUCCCAUCUAGGCCCUUGAGCAAGGUGCUCAUGAGCCGCUGGAAGAUCUCGGGUGCUGAAGUUAUGCCAAAUGGCAGGCAUCUGAAGCAAAACCUGCCCAUGGGAGUUAUGAACGUGGUCAGUUUUUGGCAGCCGGGGUCCAGUGGUAUUUGCCAGAACCCACUGGAGGCAUCCAAAAUAAUCCCAUUCACUGGGUCAAUCCAAGGUGGUCUGCAGGAGGGGAAGUCUAUCACUGUCAGUGGACGUGUCCUACCUGGGGCUGACAGGUUCCAUGUGAAUCUACAGUGUGGUUCCAGGGCUGGUGCGGACAUUGCUAUCCACAUUAACCCACGCUAUGAAAGUCAGCAUUAUGUGGUGACCAACUCUUGCCAGAAUGGGACCUGGGGCACUGAAGAGAGGAAGUACAACUCCCCAUUUCCUGCUGGGUCCUCUUUCACUCUUGUCAUUGCUGUCACCCGGGACUUCUACCAGCUCAGCAUCAAUGGCUCCCACUUUAUGGAGUACAGACAUCGCCUGCCAUUUCACCAGGUUGACACCAUCGCAGUGGGUGGAAAAGUGGAAAUUUCUUCCAUUGCUUUUCAGAGCCCUGUGUCAGCUUUUCCUGCUCAGCCUGCGUUUGCUCCACAACUAGGCUUUCAACCCCAGCCUGGAUUCCCGGCACAGCCUGGAUUCCCAGGACAGCCUGGAUUCCCAGCACAGCCUGGAUUUCCUCCUGUGGUUCCAUACAGGGGUCCCAUCAGUGGUGGACUAAGACCUGGCAGGACCAUCACCAUCCAGGGAACUGUAUACCCAAGUGCCACAAGGUCAGGCUUCAUGAUCAGAUGUUGCUUUAUUUGCUUUGAAACUAGCAUAUAUCAAUUUAACAGCAAGACAUUGACUAUAAGUUGUGAAGCUCACUCCUUCCGAAUUGUGGCCAAUGGGAUGCAGACCCAUACUUACAAGUAUCGUUUCAACCCCCUGCAUGCCGUUACCGCCCUGGAGAUUGACGGUGACAUCAGCCUGACCUCUGUGAUUGUGUAGAGAUGCAGGACCCUGUUGCUGUUGGCAGCAUUUUGCAACAUUUUCCUAACUAUAGCCACAGUAAUUAGCCAUUAAUUGGAAAUUUGUGCUAACUGCUUAAUUUGAUUAUACAAUGUACAAAGUAUAAUCAACAUCUCUGCAUUCAUUUUAUAAUCGCCUGAUUCUAUAAUAUUGUAUGCUCUAUAUUUCUGAAACAUGGUCACUCUUGAAAGAAACAACCAGUAUUGGUUAUCAGGGACGCCUAAUUUACACACAUACAUUCUGUCCAUUGAAGGCAAAAAAGAGUAAACAUUUUAAGCAAAUGUAACACUGUCUAGUUGGAAGUUGGAUUUGUCACCAGUAUUGUAAACUCGACCCAUGUUCAAUCAUUUUCUUAGUUGAGUUCAAAAGCUUUUACAGUCAUUGGUCUGGUCCAUCAAAUAGGUGACACAGAAAGCUACACAAACACAUCCACGAUGGAUGAAUAACCGCUGCACCACUAAACUCAGGUGGUGCCUGAGUAGUUGAUUUUAUUCCCAUUCUGUAAUUUUUGUAUUUUAUUUCUUAUCAUUCUGCACUUAGAUUAUUACUAGCCAAUCUCUAUAAUAUUCUUUAAUGGAUUUCACAUGAAAAUGUAGGGUGGUCUUUUCUGUCUAAAACAACAGCUGCUUAUAAGUUAAUGUUUAUCUCUAUGACGUUUGUUGGCAAGCUGCCAUUUUUCAAUACUGUGCUUGACAGUUUCCCUGAGCCAUAUCCGACUUAUCCAACUUAUUUCAGUUACUUUUCCAACACUGCAAGGUUGAGCCUGAGCCUGAGCCUCUGUUAGUUUCUUUAUUCCAGCUAUAGAGUACAUAUAAGACCGACAUAACCGCAGUAAGCAACAGGUUGGUGGUGUCUUAUUAUGAAGCUUUGUUGUUGUCAUCUUGAUAUUUUAAUGAAUAAGGACAAAGAAAUCUGUCAAUAUACCAGGUCAUGGCAUUUAUGCAAGCCACCAGGCUGCUUUUUAAAGCCACUUUGUGGGCUAACCCACCGCUUUGAGGGCUGUCAAAACAUUAGAUAUUGUAUUGAUCCCCAUGAUGCCACGUCAUUAAGACUCUGAUGUUGUUGGGAGUGCAGACUUUUGGUGGGAAUUUGAAUGCAGCCUUCAGCCUGAUAAUGUGAAUUUCCACUGACAGUUAUUAGAUCGCUUUUACUUAUAUUUUCAACUUUAAUAUUUCUUUUAUUACAAGCUGUGAUGUGUGAUGUAAGUGCUGCCUAAAAAUAAAUAAAUGAUUGCAAUGAACACAA